GCGAGAGUUGCCGCGGGAUUCGCGGUGCCUGCUGGGAGCUCGCUCCUUUCUGGCGGCCCGGCCAUCUUGGCGGCGCGUCUGCGGUACCGCCUGAMCCCCGCGAGGCAGCAAAAUGGUGGCCGCGAAGAAAACGAAAAAGUCCCUGGAGUCCAUCAACUCCAGGCUUCAGCUGGUUAUGAAAAGUGGCAAAUAUGUGCUUGGGUACAAACAGACCCUGAAAAUGAUUCGUCAGGGCAAAGCCAAGUUGGUCAUCCUUGCCAACAACUGUCCUGCUUUGAGGAAAUCAGAGAUUGAGUAUUACGCUAUGCUUGCCAAGACUGGUGUCCAUCAUUAUAGUGGGAACAACAUUGAACUGGGCACAGCAUGCGGAAAAUACUACAGAGUGUGYACGUUGGCCAUCAUCGACCCAGGUGACUCUGACAUCAUUAGAAGCAUGCCAGAACAAACCAGUGAGAAGUAAAUGCUGUAAAGGUGUUAUUUCUACAAUAAAACUGGUUACAGAACUCUUUUAAGAAAAA